CAGCCCCAAAUGCUACUUAUUAGCUGAAUAGGGAUCAUGUGACUUCUAGGCUGUGAGCUUGUCCAGCCCCCUAAUACACUCAGCUGACAGUGAAGAGCCAGCCAAACAGGAGAUUACAGAUGAACUGAAAACACAAAAUGAAAGCUUUUAUAAUUGGCAUUGGAGGUGCCACUAAUGGUGGGAAAACAACACUUUCUCAGAAACUAUUUAAACAACUUCCAAACUGCACCCUUAUCAGACAGGAUGACUAUUUUAAGCCAGAGUCAGAAGUGGCAACAGAUGAAAGAGGAUUUAAACAGUAUGAUGUGCUUGAGUCCUUAGAUAUGGACUCCAUGAUGAUAUCUGUAAAUUCCUGGAGUAUGCACCAUAAAGAAGUUGAGAUUUCAACUAUGCAACUUAAGGAAAUGCAAAGCACAUGGAAAGAAGAGGCACAUUUUUUAAUUAUUGAUGGCUUUCUCCUCUAUAACUACGAACCUUUGGACAAAUUGUUUAAUAGAAGAUAUUUUAUGACUGUUCCAUAUGAUGAAUGCAAGCGGCGUAGAAGUACUAGAGUUUAUGAGCCACCAGAUCCACCAGGGUUUUUUGAUGGUCAUGUGUGGCCUAUGUAUCUUAAGCACAAGGAACAAAUGGAAGAAGUUCAAAGUGAUAUAGUUUACCUGGAUGGUACUAAACCAGAAGAUGACAUUUUUAAUGUGGUUUAUGCUGAUGUAUCAAAAUUGACUUGUGUUCAUGAAAAGUCUUGAAAAGUGAAAUAAAGGACUCACCCAGCAUGACAUAGAUUGCAGAUAUCAAUUCUAGCUACAACAUCUAAAAAAAAAAAAAAAGUGUAAUUUUCUCAUAAUGUUAUAAAUUAUUUGUAAGAUGCAUAUUGCCUAUAAAAUUAAAUGUCUCUCAGCUAUAUGGAAUAAAGAUAUAAGUAUAUUAACAAUAAAAGAAACACAAAAGAACAACAA